CUUCUCAUCAUCAUCAUCAUCAGCAGCAUCAUCUGGGGAUGCAGGCAGCAGGGUAGGUGGGGCCACUUCCUGCAGAGAUGUUUCCCGAUAUUGCCUUCUGAUAGUGACAGGCGGCACAGCAAAACAUCUGAUGCACUCAGGCAGUAGGUGUGGAAGGGUAACCCACAAAGAUCCAUCUAUUCUCCCUGUGCAUCAUGACAUAGGGAGACACUUGCGGAAACUGUUCCAUGUCUGGCCACAGGAGAGGACGCAUUAGGUUUCUUUAUUCCACGCAUAACUGAGUGGGCUUCUCCUGCACAGAGGGGUCCACAGCCAGGGGAAGGACGCAGGAGAAGAGGCUAUCGCUGCAACAUGACUUAGAGCAAGCAGUGGUCCAGGAGUUGUCGUACCAGAUGUGAAGAAGACAACCUGCCUUCUGCUUGGAAAGAAACUGGGGGUUCUCCAUUUGCUAGAACUAAGACACCAGGACUGCAGUUUACGCCAGAGUAUACUGUUACUAUUUCUUGAACGUUCAAGGUGGGAGGAGGGGAGGAGUGAGGCUUCCUCGUUACGGCAACACCGUUUACUUAAUUAGUCAGGGGUUCCGCUCAGCUGCCAGGGUGGAGAGCAUGGCAUGGCCCUGUAUCACCAGGGCGUGCUGCAUAGCCCGUUUCUGGAACCAGCUAGAUAAGGGCGACAUCGCGGUCCCGCUGGUUUUCUCCAAGUACUCUGAGGUCACAGAAGGAGGUCAGCAACACCACUAUGCCCACUUUCAACAGCCGCAAGCCCAUCCGAUUUCGGCUGCCAUCGAGGCACAGCCGGCCCAAGUAGAUCACGCAGGCCAUGCCGGGCCCACCAGAGACUUGCCCCAACAGCCCGGGCCCGGCCAUAGCAAAGAGCCAACGGGCUCAGUCAUGCGUCAGGAUUACAAGGCCUGGAAGGUAAAGCCGGAGGCAAGCUGCAAACCCAAAAAUGAUUACCAGCCAACCGAGGCUCCUCUUCAGCGGGAGACACAGUACCAGAAAGAUUACAAAGCUUGGCCCAUCCCUCGCCGUGGGGACCAUCCGUGGAUUCCAAAGCCCUCGCCGGGCCCGACUGCCCCAACAGCCUCCAGUGAGGCCAAAAGAAAGACCACACCAGUAGCCUUACCAGAAAAGAGGCCCGAGGAGCCAACUAAAGUGGAUUCUGCUGAGUUAGUGGUGCCGAAAGUAAAGAGUUCUGUGUCAUUUUGCCAUGCGGCCGGCAUAGAGUCCACCGCUAACCAUGCCCAAGGGAAGAAAGCCAGGGAGAAGUCUCCAUCGUCACGUUGGUCUAUGGAUGGGCUGAGGCUAAGGGAUGCAGCAGAUAUUCUCAAUAUGCAGAUCAAAGAGGAAGGUGGAGCGGGCUCCUCGUACAGAAACGAGUUUAAACCUUGGACUGACGUGAAACCUGUGAAAUCUAUAAGGGCCAAGUUCCAGUAUAAGCCCCCGGAGGAGAAAAUGGUCCAAGAAAGCAGCUACAAAGCCACGUACAAGGGGGAGGUCAACCAGCCCGUAGCCGGUGACAACAAACUGACCGAGCGUAGGAGGAUACGGAGUCUCUACAGUGAGCCACACAAGGAUACCGCCAAGGUGGAGAAGCCUAGUGUUCAGACUUCCAAACCAAAAAAGACCACUCCCAGCCAUAAACCUGUGAAAAAGGCCAAAGAGAAGCAGAUCAUUCCCGGCCGGGCGUCUAAAAAGAAGGGCCCCGAGGUGACCUCCACGACAACGCCAGAGGAAAAACAGAAGAGCAAAGAGAUGAAUAAUAAACUGGCCGAAGCUAAAGAGAAGACAGUGAAUCCCAGCAGUGGCGCGGACGCGGAGCCCCGGAACGCAGAACAGGAUUGAUCUCAUACAGCGGGAGCGCCACCUUCUCCUGAUAGUGCCAUUUGGGAUCGCUGUAUAGCCGUCCACAACAUGUUAUAUACGGUUCUUCUGUAGAUUAUAAAUACUACCUUUAGCGAUUUUGUAUAUAUCUCCUGCUUUGUACUGCUCACCAG